AUGAGAUACUUCAAUAGAUAUUAUAUCAUAUUUUUUUCUCUAAUAUUAUUGGGAUAUAUAUUGGAUUCUAUUAAUUGUAACUUAAUUGAUGAAUUUUGUAUCAAUAAUAAUAUCACAAGAGCUGAACUUGAGGAGGAAGCUACUUUAGCAGGGGUAAAUAUUGAAAAGUUUAUUGAAAUUAUGAUGGUACAAGCAGAAGAAAGCUCAAAUGAUUCAAAAGAUACAUUCUCUGAACUAUUUAUUAAACAAAGAUUCGCUACCAAUAAUGAAGAUAAUAUAACUACAACAAAUAUUCAAGAAUCUAAUACUAAUUAUACAGAAAAAGAACUUGUUGAUAAUAAAGUGACAAAUACAGUAAAGCAAUUAGAAGAUAGUUUUUCUGAUGAUAUGAAGUCUAAAUAUAUAAAAUCAAUGAAUAGUUCUGAAGAAUCAGAUAUUAAGAAAACUGUUAAAAUGUUACCUCAAAAUACUUUACAACAAGUUCAUACAAAUAAUUCACCUGUAGGGACUCAACUUAAUAAACAGACUUCACAUCCAAAAGUAAUAAACCAGGAAAUAUUAAAACCAACAAUUAUUGAAUCUAAGAUUAAGCCAUUGAAUAUAAAAGAUACAGGUUAUAAAUUUAAAAGAGUUUAUAUUAAUGAUGAAAAUAAAUUGAAAGAUAAAUUAAAGAUUCAUUUUAAAAAUAAUGAAAAUGUUAAAUAUGUUUUAGUAGAUGAAGGAAUUGAAGAAUUGUUUAGAGUAAAACCUCGAAAAAGAUCAAAGAAAACUAUAAUUAGGAAACCAAAAGAGAAUCCUUUAUUUGUUGAGGAAAUAUACAAGAUUCAAGUUCCUAAGGAGGUAAUACAAUUACCUCCACAAAAACGUAUUAUAUAUCCUCCAAUUCCGAAAUUCCCAAUUCCUAAUCAAGUUUUACCUCAGCAACAGAUUAUACAACCAGAUAAUAAUAUUUCAAAACCACAAACAUAUCAGAACUCCAUAUUUGGUCCUGUUUUUGUUGCAGCAUGUGCUGCAAUACUAGUUAUAAUUUGUAUAAUUAGUGGUCUAUGUUUUUGUGGAAUUUCUAGAAGUUCACCACAAGUAAUUAAAGAAUUUAGACCACAAUCCCAGCAGACAACAGUACCAGCUCGAUUACUUCAGCCUUAUCAACCUCAAUUGGUAGGAUAUGCCAUUUUACCUAAUAUAAAUUGA